AAAUAAAAAAGAAAUCUAGAUCAAAGGGUUCUUAUCCACUCAUUGUAGACUAAGAAGAGUACUUUAGGAAAAGUAACUGAAGACGAAGCAGAGUCUGCAGAACAAACAGACAAAGAAGUGAAACAAUCUUCUUCAUACAGCCAAUCAGAGAUGCCUGGUGUUCGUAGCAGUGCUCCGCCAAAUUUUGCUUAUUCUGUCAGUGCCGAACAGAGCCGAAUGGUGAGCGAAGUGACAAAGCAAAGGUCUCAGACACUACAACCUACUCGAACACCCCAUUCGCCUACUGAAGAAAGUAACAAACCACGAUCCGCCACUGUGAUGAUAGAAUCAGCUACAUUACCCCGAAAUGAAAGAACAAUGGAUACCGAAGUGGAAAGGGAGCCAACUAAGAAAAAGAGAAGCUCAAUAAUGAAGACAUUAUCGUUUAGAAAAUCUUCCAAAGUUCUGGAGACGAGUGAGCAACAAGACUCAUCUAUAGCUAUUUCAAGUCAACAGCUUGAAGAAGUGAUAAUGGAAGAGGAGAGUCGAUAUGAAGAACCCUUUGAUGCCGAGGAGUCCUCUAGUGUAUUCCUUGAAGAGAAAAUCCCGGAGAGUGAGGCACAGAGAGAAGAAAGGAGGAGGCAGUUAGAGAGUGUGUUCCAGGACAUGGAAUCAGAGGAGGAGGAGGAAGAAAAACCAAAGACAAAAAUGCAACAAAAGAUAAUCAAAGCAAUUAAAAGGAAGGGCAAGAAAAAGAAGUCAGACUCAGAUGUACCUGAGAUGUUUCCUUUGAUGGAACAAGGUCAGACAGCUGAAAGUGAAGAAGUCAAGAAAAAGAAUACCUCUACAAAAAUAGCGGUGGUGAAAGGUCAAUUAGGAGAGUUAAAAGAUAUUGCUCAAAAUAAUGUCGACAAGUUGUAUGAAAGAGAAGAAAAUCUUGAUGAUCUGGAGAAUCGAGCUGAUGAACUAGCUCAAAAGGCAACAUUGUUUAACGAGAUAUCAGUUGAAGUAAGAACCCAAAUGGAGACGUGUAGCAAGAGGACCAAAAGAAUCAUCAUCGGUGUUAUCAUCGCUAUCCUUGUCCUCAUUGUCAUCAUACUCAUCGCUGUUGUGGCUAACAAGUCUGAGACAGAGGUCCGCACCGUUCACGUUUUCCCUGGUGUUAACGGGACUGUUCAGUAUAAACCUUCACCCGGUUAAAUCAAGAUCUUUACAGUGUGUUUUAAAGAAUAAAGCUAUCAUGUUUAUUUUAAAAGCAAAGAUAGAAAAUGCUAGAGGGCCAGAAAUGUCACAGAUUUUACUUUAUUAUUAAGUGCAUUUUUAAGGUACUUACUUAUGCCUCAUAGUUGUAAUAUUAUUUAUAAAAUAACUAAAAUACGGCACAUUUGAAUAUUUAUUUAUAAAUAAAUGUUUUAAAGACGAUAUGAUAAAUCGCGCAUAAUAUUUUCAUGAUUGUGGUUGUUAUUGAUUUAUUAAUCACAUGUCUUAGAUAAAAUAACAGCAAAGCUGCAUUCCUAAUCCCAACUGCAUACAUUUAAUGAAUUUUGACAGUAUUAAUAAAGGCGGAUGUGCAAUUUCUUUUUUUUCUAAUUUCUGGUAUAUUUUUUUCAUUUUAUGCAUCUUUUUUUCUUGCUUCACCAACCAAUAAAUCUUUAGAAUUCAACCACCAAGAUGUAAUAUAUUUCAUACAGAUAUACAUGUAUGAUAGCUUUACCUGAGUUUGUUUGUGUGCAUUGCCAAGAUGACUAUAUGUAUUUCUAUAUAUAUUUACUACAUGCAUUAUAAUUAUGCUUUUAAUAUAUUGUACAACAUUUGUAAUAAGUCUGUGAUAUCUCAAAAGGAUUUGGAAAAAAAUGUGAUUGUUGUCUGAGGUUGUUGUUGAAAAAUAUUAUUAUUUUGUAGUAUUUUAGUAUUGUAUAAGCAGACGCUGUUAAUAUUUAUUAAUUUCUUCAAGCAUAUUUCGCUUAAACCAAUUUUUUUUCAAUUCGUUAAAAUCUACUAAAAUUUUAAGAUUUCAAAAUGAUUUGAUUUAUAUUCAGUGCUUUAUGUACAUGUUGUUUUGAAAUCCUAGUCAUUUAUAUAAUUAUGAAGUAAUAUAUAUAAUGUAUAUUAUAAUAUAUAAAAGUAGACAUUUUAGUAGCACUUUGUCUGUAUUGUAUUUACUGCUAUACUAAUUCUUAGUUAAUAUCUCCUAUCCCGUUCUUUAGUGUUGUAAGUAUGCAAAAAGCAUGCAUAAAUUGUGAAAUGGUUGUUUGAAUUUUGUUAAGUAGGUCUUUAAAAGGUUGAAAUUAAAUCAUAUGGGAGCAUUUUACCACUGUUCUUUUUUUAUUUACAUUGUACAACAAUUUACCUGUACAUUUGCAGUUGAGUAAGACUUGCUAAUUAAAUAAAUAAAAA